AUGCCGAAAGAUCGCAUCGAUUGGAGCGAACGAAUCCAGAGAUGCAUGGUCUUGCUGCCUGGGAGUCCCAACAACAAGGUGGGGAAGGCCUCAAGGGCACAAGCGCUGGUGACCAAGGUGGAAUCAAAGCAAGAUCUUCUCCUGAAUCGUGUGAUUUUGCUCUUCCACUUGGAGGACCGAUUGCCCAAGCUUUGCGAGAACCAUCGCGUGCACAUGCACGAUUUGUUCACCUUAAUGGCACACCCCCUGCGAUGCUUUGUUUUGUUCACCGCCGGUCCGCCGGUGCUGAAUGAUGUGCGCUACCAGGAACAUUCCUUUAAGGACGCGAGCGAGAAGCAGACCCUUUGGACGAAGGCCCUCGAUGUGGACCUUCAGCCUCCUGAGAAGCCGAACCGACUAAUCUCUCAGGAGACCGUGCCUACCGCGCCCAUUUCAGAGAUCUAUGCAUGCAAUCUCUCUUCCUUCGGUGCUCUCGGCGAUGGGAUGACCGACAAUUCCAAGGCCUUCCGAAACGCCAUCGAAAGCUGUGGCGCCUCGCGGGGGCAGCAGCGCCUUUUGCUGGAGAUCCCUGAGGGCACUUUCCUCACAGGUUCCUUCAAUUUAUCAAGCAAGAUGACUCUCCGUUUGCUCAAAGGUAGCAGACUCUUAGGGGUGACGGAUUUCUCGGCAUAUCCGUUGGUUCCACCACUUCCAAGCUAUGGCAUCAAUCGGGACUGGGCCAAAGACCUCAGCCUAAGGCCUGCAGCUUUGAUCUCAGGCUUCAACCUGACAGACGUUGUGAUUGAAGGCGAAGAGAUGGGUCACGGCUACGCGGAGAUCGAUGGGAAGGGUGAAUGGUGGUGGGCGAAGUUCCGCCGUGGGCCUUUGCCCUUUGGGCGGCCUUCACUCAUCCAGUUUAUGUACAGCGACCAUAUCAUCCUGCGCAAGCUCAUCCUCAAAAAUCCACCCUUUUGGAACACCCAUUUCUACGCUUCGCGAGACAUAGUGGCCGAACGUUUGCGGAUCGAAGCACCGUAUUCGUCGAAGAACACGGAUGGAAUCAAUUUGGAUUCCGUCACUAAUGCAGUUGUACGCCAUUGUGUGAUUUCCACGGGAGAUGACGCCAUCGCGAUCAAGAGUGGCCUCAACGAAGCUGGUUUGCGCUUUGGGAUGCCCAGUUCCCACAUCCAUUUGCAUGACUUGGAAGUGCGUUCCAAGUGCCUAUCAAUCGGCAGCGAAAUGAGUGGUGGCAUCUCCGACGUUUUGGUGGAGAACAUCCACUUUGGAGAUGAUCGCCCAAAAAACCGCUGGCAUGGCAUUUUCAUUAAAAGUUCCAGGCCGCGGGGAGGAUCGGUUCAGAAUUUGCUCUUUCGGAACAUCACCAGCGUGGAGAGGACGAAGCAUCAGACCAAAGUCUUCAUAGAGAUUUCCAUGUCCUAUGGUUCUUGGAAUGGGCCGGAGGGAAGAGGUGCAAGUGCGCCUCCGCUCUUUCGGAACUUCAGCUUCAGGGACAUCUCAUCAUAUGGAGCCUUUGUCGUCGCCAACAUCACCGGAUUGGUGGAUUCUCCCAUUCGGGAUGUCUCCUUCGAGCGUCUCCGCGCGCGCAAUCACGUGAGGGGCCUCACCUGCUUGCACACAUAUAAUGUGCGGGCAGAAGGAAUCCAGAAAGAGGGUACUUGCCGUCCUCAUCUCCCAGAGCAUGAGCGGCAGAAGCUGGAUGAGUACGACAAGUUCCCGCAAGAUUUCUGGAUUUCAUCCACACCAGGCUGGAAGCAAGCACGUGAAGAGUUGAUUGCUGCUGUGUUUGGCACAAGGACUCUGCCCAUGAGAACUCAGCCAGAUCGGCUCCGAGCACUGACCGAAGACUUGCUUGAGAUGACCUGGGAUCUUUCGGGAUCGUUCCAGAUCAACAGCACUGUCUUCUACGCACCACUGAAAGGCUCCACCCGUGCGGUUCUGUGGCAUCAAGGGCAUCAUGAUUGCGUGUGCCCAGCAACCGGCCAAUUCACAGGUUUGAGCAAAAUCCCUGGGUUCCAGCAAGCUCCUUGCCAACCUGGCUGCGUAGGCAUCAAGCAUGUGAAGGAUGUGAAGCUGCGAAAGUCUGUGAAGUGGUGGGACCUGGACAACGUCACGGAUUUCUUCCACACAUUGGGGUAUAGUGUCUUCAUACUUUCGAUGCCCUUGGUGGGUGUGAACUUCAUGUCUCAGCGGAGCAGCAACUGGACAGAUCAUUGGUGGUUUCAGAAGCAUGAAGCUAAAGGAGACUUCACCAUGCGAUACUUCUGUGAGCCAGUGGUUCUCAGCAUCAACUAUGCUUUGAGCCUAGGGUUCCAGGAGGUCCAUUUGGCGGGCUUGUCGGGCGGUGCAUGGACCACUUCCAUGGUCGCAGCCAUGGAUCCACGCAUUCGCAUCUCCGUCCAGGUAGCAGGUGCUAUGCCCUACAGCAUGCGGUUUUCCACCUCUUUGCAAGCCACUGGCGACAUUGGUGACUACGAGCAGAUCUGCAAUUUGCCACCUUAUCCAUUCCGCAAGGGUGCCAGGCACGUUGGAUACGGCUGGCGGAAAGAUCCUGGACGUCAGUAUUGCAAAGUUUGCAACUACAAGUGCCAGUUCAUGCUGGCAGCAUUGGAGUCAAAUCGAAGUUUGCUGCAGAUCUUCCAUGAGGAUGACACGUGCUGCUAUGCUGCCGCACAGCGGCACGAUGAGAUCCGCAGCUAUGAAGCAGCGAUCCGUGAUCAGCUUCGACAACAUGGCCCACACGGCUGGUUCACCGCCGCUGUGACGGAUCACAGGAAGCACGAGCUGAGCGCGAAGGACAAGAAGCUGAUUGAAGCUGUUCUUGGAAAGCCACCAGAAGCGGAUAGCCCUGAAUGGAAUGAACAUCCGGUCUUGAAGCUGGGGCUGGUCAAAGCUCCUAGCAGUCGGGGCCGUUGGGACGAGGUCUUUACGCAAAUGAAACCGUGGCAAGUAAGUCAAGCCAUGCUGGAGGAGUGCAAGCGUGAGCAUGUCGAACUUGCCAUUGAGGACGAAGAACAAGAAUGA